AAGAGUUGGUACCCAUUGGAAGUCUAAACUUGAAAGAUCCUAACAGCAUUUACUAGGGUUUCCUGUUCUCCAACGGCCAUUCCCACCACCACAUUGAGCCCCAAGCCUAAAGCCUAAAACCUUUGCAGGCCUUUCUCCCUCUAGCUAUUUACUUCUCCUCGAACUCGUGUGACCUGACCUCCCCCUGACCCCUCAGUUAUAAAUCCAAACUAACAAAAGCAGAGCUUGCAAACACAGAGAUGGCCAAUAAGACUCCCAUAUUCCCUAUGCCAGAGCCUCAUCACUACAGCGACUAUGGCUUUGACCCGCAAAUCAACUACUUUCAGUUCUUGGAGGAAGCCAGAAAGCACAAGCGUGAGACAGUGAGGUCCAUAGACUCUUCGCAUUUCAAGCUCCAAAAACCCAUCUCGAAAGAUGAGUCUAACAGAAAGAUCCACAAGACCAAGAAGAAGCGUUGGUGGAGAAAAGCCUCCUUGUUUUUCAAAUGGAAGUGGAUCUAUAGCCAACAUAAUGAUAAUGCCGAUGAAAAUGUGCAUAAAGCCAGGGCUCGAGCAUUCAGGGCAUCAGUAUCGGGUCCUGUGUACGUAACUGAAAGCAGAAGCGGGUCGAGUACUCCGUACAGGACCACUAGCAGCCCAUCGUCAGGUCCGCUCGCCGGAACUCUGACUCCGGCUAGGAAGGGUGAUUUAGAGAUACCUUAUUUGAGUCUGAGGGAGCUAAACAUGGAGCAUCAGCAGCAGAGGAUGUCCACUUCUGCUAUGCCAGUAUACCUGGUCACUUAAUUAAAUGUUUCAAGUUUUUGAGCUCUGGGCAGCUUUUGUUUCAGGAUGUUACUGACUAGUGACUACUUCUUGUUUGGUUAGUGAUGUUUGUGGGUUUGCUUUGGGGGUUAACCAUUAUUAUAAUUAUCUUCUUGGGUUUUUGCCUUUCUCUUUUUUAUACUUUUCAGGUUUUGCAAAGUGCAAACUGCAAAAGGCGUUUGAUCUUGGAGGAUGGUUGGAUUGGAUCCUCUUUUUUUUUGGUGGUUGUUGCUCACUUUAUUGAUUUCUUCAACUAAUAGACUAGUCAGUGCUCAAAGGUUUGACUGAGUCACUUCCCUCA